ACACUACAGCCUCCUGCAAACAAGAGAUGCACAAGCACAGACAAACAAACAUUAAAACUAAAGCAGAUGCCUCUGCAAAGACAGAGAGUCAAAGACACUGUACUGGGAGAACAGAAAAGGACAAUCAGACUUUUACAAUGCUUAUUAACUGUCUGGAGGAACUUACAGAAGAAAACUUCAAAAAGUUCAAAAGUUACUUAAACAAACCUGUGCUGAAUGAAUGCAAAGCCAUUCCUGCGUGUCAGUUGGAGAAGAAUGAAAGAACAUACAUUGCAGACUUGAUUAUCAGAUUUUAUGGGGAUGAAAAUGCCCUGAAAAUCACUUCCUGUAUAUUAGAGAAGAUUCCACGGAAUGACCUUGUGGAAAGCCUGACAAAGGAUAUCGGCCACUUCCACAUUUCAUCAAUGGACUCAAAGACAGAGGUAAAAAGGGAAACAAAUCAUGGUGAGAAGCUCAGGAACCUGCUGACUUGUGGAGGAUCAACACUGGAUCACUACAACUAUUAUAUCAUCGUAAUGAACAAAAGCGAUACUGACCAAAUCGAACACCUCCAGUUUCUUUGCAAACUUAAUUUGUUUUGUGUUUUGGACUUUGAUCCUAAUUCAGCCAUUAAUGGUGCAUGCAAGCUGUACAGAGAAUCCCGAAUCGCAAAUCUGCACUUCCCAAUCCACUUUCAGGGGGAACCAAGUGCAGUGAUUAAAAACCUGAAUCUCUACAAACAAACGAGCUGGGUGUUCUGCAAUGGAAGGUUUGACUUUGACUCUGAAUCUAGUAGACAUCUAGACUACCAAAGCUGGUUGAGAAGAACGCACAGGGAAAUAGAGCAAAUGGUUUCAUUUCUCUUCAAACCAGAGGUCCUUCCUGGUAGAAGAUGCCUGGUCAUAUUUCUGUUGCUUUCUUCUGUAGAGUCGGAGAAAGACCCCAUUUUUGACACAUUCAUGACGUUCCACAGGCAUAUCUGUGAAAGCAAGAGAUCAUUUGAAAAAUGGCAAAGUCUCAUUCAAAAGAAAUAUGAGUUUGACAUCACCAGGCAGUCCAUCUAUGAGCUGGACAUCAGCCAAGUGAAUGGAACUGUAAUGAAACUGGGACCGCACCUUCAAUCCUAUGGAAAGUUGCUGCCAUCAGCUGGCUCUAGUUCUGUCAUCCUGCGACAGAAAGAUGCAGAUGUAAUGACGGCUUUAGACAUAUUGUGUGAAAAUGAGUGCGAGAAUGUUCAUGAUGAAAACAGCGCUGAAUUUCAAGACUUAAAACUCAAGACUGAGGAAGAAUUUUACAGAGGAGGAAAAGUCAAAUGGUGGAACUUCUAUUUCUCAGAGAAACGGAAAGCAAAGCCGUUCAUCAAACGAGACAAAUAUGAAGCCGCUAAAAGCACAUGCGUCUUGGUGAACCUCUUUCACCAUCCUGGAUGUGGAGGUACAACUUUAGCAAUGCACGUAAUGUGGGACCUUCGAAAUCAGCUAAGAUGCGCAGUUCUAAAGGACAGCUCCUCAGAAGAGCAGGUGGCAUCACAAAUAAAGUACUUGAUGAAGUAUGGAAAAAGUGAUGAAUCUCCUCAAACACCGGUUCUUCUGUUGGUUGAUGAUUCCAAAGAUAUAGAAGGUGUGGAAAAUCUGAGGAACUGCAUUCGUAGGACAUUAGAUGAAGAUUGCCUAAGCAAAAAAGAAAAGAGUGCAAACUCACUGGUCAUCAUUCUGAACUGCAUUCGGACUCAUUUCCCGAAAGAUCAGCACAAAUGCUGUGAGACGGUAAGUCAGUACAUAACAACAGAGCUAACAAAGAAAGAGCAAGACGACUUUGAAGAGAAACUGCAAGAACUUAAGGAAAAUCAUAAAAGGCCUGAAAACUUCUACAGUUUUAUGAUCAUGAAGUCAAACUUUGACAAGAAAUAUGUUAAAAACGUAGUUUGUAAUACGCUGAAGGAUCUUGACAGGGGCACCAAGCAAGCCCAACUCCUCUCAAUCAUGGCACUGCUGAACUCAUAUGUGACUGAUUCAUAUAUUUCUCAGUCAGUUUGUGAAGACUUUCUUGGGAUGAAAUCAUUCCUAUGGGGAAAAGAAACUGUUCUUGAGAGGAUGGAACCUUACUCAAAUUUGCUUAUCGGAUUUAAGGUUGACCAGUGUGGGGAGUACUCUGCCAUCCGUAUCCUACACCAUGACAUAGCCUGGGCAUGCCUUGAGGAGCUGGAUUUGACGUACAGCAUAAAGAGAAGUGACAUUACCACGGAUCUGCUUCACUGUGAUUUGUUUUUCAAAACCGGACUGGGGAAAGAUGCUUUAAUACACUCCAUUCAGCGCAUGCUGAUUGAGAGGCAGCGCAAUGUGGAAAAUGAGAGAGACACUCAGUUUUCUCUGUUGAUUGAAAAAAUCCACACAGAUGAAGGGAGACAAAAAGUUCAAGACAUCUUUAUGAAAGCAUCAUCAAGAUAUGAGACAAGUGCUUCCAUUCCCCAAGCCUUGGCACGGUACCUUUACCUUUAUGGCAGAGAUUUCUCUCAGGCCCUUGAUUGGGCAGAAAGUGCGAUAAACAUCACAGAAAACCCGUUCACUGUUGAUACAAUAGGCCAGAUCCACAAAAACCACCUGAAGUACAGAAUUCAAAGAGAGAAGGAGCAGGAGAUGCCUCGUAUCCCAGAAAAUCUCGACGCCUACCUCGAGCUUGCAAAAAAGGCAACCAGUGCUUUCCAAAAGGCACAGAAACUGUCAAAGACUGAAUAUGAGCCUUAUGAAGAUAACCAUCUUAUUAAAGGCUACAACCAGUAUGUGGACAUGGGGCUAAUAGAAACAGCACUCAUGGUCUUUGAUUUGGUCAGCAGCCUCCCAUUUUUCAAUGGAAAAGAUCCACUCACAAGAAGAUACAUGCAGAGUUUCCUCAAAGGCAGCAUUCCUAUUGAGAGCAUUCAUUUUGAGGACAAUGACAUGAAUCAGAAAUACGUAGCUGUUCUGAAGAAACACAAACCAUUCCUCCGUGAGUUAAAGAAGCAGGCAAAGACUAGUUUUGAAUUCUUUGACAGCUACUUUACUUACUUGAAAAGCAGGAAAUUUGAGGAGGAGUUAGACCACAGGUGUAGACGGAAGAUAUCAGAAUACUUCAAGAAGUAUAUUUCAUUCUUCUGUUCAGAGGCCGAAUGGUCACAAGAGCAUGCAGGCAAAAAAUUUCUACGCGAGAACAUGGACAUUGAGGCAUGCGAAAUGUUUCUGGAAGAGAAGAAAGCUGACACUUUUGCAGGGCUGCUUCAACACUUGGAGAACAGAAGUGGAGAAACAAUGGAAAAAAUAAAAGAAUGCUAUCAGUUUUUACAUGAGCGUGUGAAAUUCAGAAGUCCAAAUUUCAAAACAAACCUCAUACUAGCCAACAUAAUCCUGCAUCUCAUCAAACCCAAGUCGAAGUGUGCAAUGAGCGAGAGGGACCUCAUUCAUCUUUUGAAGGAAACACUGCAAGAAAUCGGAGUCCAGUACUCGUCUCCGGAGCCCUACUACUUGGCGUUACUGCUACUUUGGCCCUGUUCAUCUGCAUCAGUUCCUGACAAAAACAUCAGAAUCUAUGUCAACUCCAUACGCAGUUCUUCUCGUCGUCAGCUGCCCAAUUCGUUACGCAAGAGAGGCGCUAUUUCUCAUUUUUUGCUGGGCAAAAAGUCAGGACUGGAAAGGCUUGUACCUAAAGCAAAACUGUACUACUCAAAAGACCCAAAAGAAAGCAACAGGCUUUGGCAGAGUGGAGACAUCUUUGCUCAGAAAGAUAUUAAAGACCGCCUGCUCAGAGUAUACGGAACUGUAGAGCAAGGGGAAGUUUACAUUGAGUAUGGUAAACUGAAAAUCCCAGUUCAUCCAGCCUUCCUUAAUGCUGUGAGAUCUGGAUUCAGUACAGAAAGGGUGUCCUUCUACUUAGGUUUUGCCAUGACUGGUCCACUUGCAUAUGACAUUCGCUAUGAAGAUUGA